AUGUAUCUAGCUAUAAUAAUCUUACCACUAUUAGGAUCAAUAGCUUCUGGUUUUUUUGGUAGAAAAAUCGGAGUAUCAGGAGCACAAAUAAUUACAUGUACAGCUGUUGUUACUACAACAAUAUUGGCUGUUUUAGCUUUCUUUGAAGUUGGGUUAAAUAAUAUACCUGUAUCCAUAGAGGGUUGUUCUAUGCUUAUUCCUGUUUUAAUAGUUUCUUCUUUGGUGCAUAUCUAUUCUAUAGGAUAUAUGAGUGAGGAUCCUCGAGGUUACCACAAUCAAAGGUUCUUUAGCUAUUUAAGCUUGUUCACAUUUAUGAUGGUUAUAUUAGUUACAGCUAAUAACUAUUUAUUAAUGUUUGUUGGGUUUGGUAAUUUAGAUUAUGCAACUGUAUUCUCAUUAGCUCCAUACAUGAAUGAAAAUGUUGUUACUAUUGUAGGUAUAUGUUUAUUAAUUGGAGCUAUGGCUAAAAGUUCUCAAAUAGGACUUCACGGUUUGAAUAGGGCCUUCCUUAAACUUCACUAUAUGCGGGAACAUCCCGUUUUUAUAUUAUGGUCCACUGUUUACUUUGUAAGCUUCGGAAAAAUCCAGAAUGAGGGACAAUCCGCAGGAAACCGAAUGAAUAAUUUGGGCUCUUCAGAGACUACACGUGAAGCAAUUACAUUAGAUGAUAAAAAAUUUUUUGAAUGGUUAUUUAAAGUAACACAAUCUAGCGUAGAUGCACAAGUACUAUUCUACAUUAAAAAAGAAUUAGGCUUUGGAUCCGUAACAGUACAAAGCAAAUUAAACAAAACUCAUCAGUAUAGAGUUAGAGAUAAAGAUAAUCUUUUAAAAAUAAUAAAGAUAUUCAAUGUUACUGUAAGAUACGUAAUCUCUCAAAAAGAUGAUGUGGAAUUUAGUAAACUCCUUGCUAACCUAAUAGAUGGUUAUGUAACACACAUAAAAAGCUAUGAUGGUUAUAAUACUGUAGUUAAUUUUGGUAAACUUAAUAAAAUAUUAAAAUAUUUACACAAUUAUCCUCUUAAAACUAAAAAACAUGUUUCAUACUCGAGAUGGUUAAAAGUAUAUCAUCUGGUUAAAGAUAAAAAACAUUUAACUGAAUCAGGUAUAGAAAUCAUAAAAGAUAAAAUUAAAUUCAUAAACAAAUAA